AUGACAGACCUCGCUGCGCCUGCCGAUGCCGUAGCGGUCAACGGCACCUUCCCUGCGGACGAUGCAGCGGGACAGACUGUUGCUGCAAUCGCCGAGUCGGAGAAGAUCUCAGCUGACGAAAUCGCACUCUACGACCGACAGAUUCGACUGUGGGGCGUCAAGGCGCAAUCGAAGAUUCGCACGGCCAACAUCCUCCUCGUCUCCAUCAAGGCGCUGGCCAACGAGAUUGCCAAGAACCUGGUGCUGGCAGGCAUUGGGUCCAUCACCCUGGCCGACCAUGAGAGCGUCACCGAAGACGACUUGGGCGCGCAGUUCUUCAUCACCGACUCGGACGUGGGCAAGAACCGCGCCGAGGCAGCCGCCCCACAGGUUCAGAAGCUGAACCCUCGCGUCAGAGUCAACGUGUACGCAGGCGACAUUCGCACAGAAACCGAAGCCAGCUUCUACGCCAACUUCGACGUCAUCAUCGCUACAGACCUCGACUUCAACUCGACCAACACCCUCAACCUCUGCGCACGCCUCGCGAAUCGACCCUUCUACGCCGGUGCAUCACACGGCCUUUACGGAUACAUCUUCGCCGACCUGAUCAAGCACAAGUUCGUCGUCGAGCGCGAAGUCAGCAACAAGACCACGCAAGUCGGUCCAGAGAGCUCGACACGCAGUGUUCUCGAAACGUCUUCGAAGAAGGAGAACGGCAAGUCGCUUGAAACUGUCACAAAGCAAGAGAUAUACUCGCCCAUCAUGGCUAUCAAGGACUCGCCUCUCCCACCCGAGAUUGCAGGCAACCAUCGCAAGCUGAAGAAAGUACACCCGUUGCUGACCUGCGUGCGUGCACUGUGGGAGUACCAGUUCCAAGCGCACGGCGUCUACCCCUCACACGAACCACAACAGCUGCAGCUGUUCACGAUGAUGGCUACGGAGAAGCACAAGCUGCAUUUGCUGCCUUCAAGCACACUGACUGCAGAAUUCCUGCGCAGUUUCUUACAGAACCUGGGCAGUGAACUUGCGCCUGUCACAGCCUUCCUGGGUGGUCAGCUUGCGCAAGACGUGAUCAACGUGCUCGGACAGAGGGAGCAGCCGAUCCAGAACCUGAUGCUGUUUGACGGCGAGGAGAGCGCCGGGCCAGUCUACACGCUUCACCCCAUAUUUGCCGAUAACCCAAUCACCGCGCUUCCAUCUAUUCCAAUGCCUGUGGAGGCCAUCUCGAUUGAUGACUAG